AAAAUAAAUCAAAUGUUUAAYAUUUGUUAGAUUCUGAAAUCAAUAGCUUUUUUCCAAUCGAUAAUCAUAUCGUUAGAUAAAAAUCCAAACAAAAUAAGAUAAUGAUAGCACUCGUUGGUCUCAAUAAUCACGUAAAUCACUGUUAUAUGAAUGCCAUAAUUCAGGCGCUCUUYUCCAUCGAUGAYUUUCGUAGUUAUAUUUUGAAUUACGGAAAGUCAGCUAACGGUGCGAUUCACACGAGUCUGUCUGUCCUAUUCAGACAAAUGAUUAGAGUCGGCAACGAAGACAACAGCAAYCAAAUGACAAACARUUCAGAKGACAGCUCAUCAAAGUCUGUGGACGUCCAUGACUUUCGGCAAGUGUUUGCAGAUUUGAAGACAGAUUUCAAUAAUUUUAAUCAACAGGACUCACAAGAGUUUCUCCGGAUUUUAGUCGAUGCGCUGCACGAAGAAGUCAAUGAAGCAAAGGAGAGAAAAAGACCGACAMAACURUUUGAACCCAAGUCUGCCAGAGAAGCGUGGCUUCAAUAUCGACACUWUAUGGACGACUCAUAUUUGGUACAACUUUUUGUUGGUCAGCAGAGAUCAACMAUACGAUGCAAAAGAUGUCAUCACGAGAGUCACCGAUGGGAAGUGUUUUGGGAUAUAUCUGUACCGUUACCCGACAAACCAGACAACAACAUCUCACUCGACGAAUGUCUUAAAGCUUAUAUGUCAGACGAGAUAUUGGAUGGCGAGUCGAGACCUACMUGUGAUAAGUGYCGUAAAAAACGAAAGUCAGUAAAAAAGAUAUGUAUUGACAGAUGUCCACCCAUUUUGACGAUUAAUUUGAAACGAUUCCAAAAUGAUGGCUCAAAAAUAACUAAAGAAGUCGACUUUCAUUACGACACAAUUCGUUGCUUGUGYUUCAAUGGUCUGCCAUACGAGUUGUUUGUGAUUGUCAGCCAUCGGGGCAGUGCUCUGAAAGGCCAUUACGUGGCAAAUGUGCGAACAAAUGAAGACUGGAAGUGCUGUGACGAUGAAUGUGUCCUACAGGCAGACACCAACUCAUUCAAACACUUCGCUUAUAUACUAUUUUAUCGUAUGAAAGGACUAACUCUGAAACACUGA